AUGAUUUUCUUUGGUUUUCUGUCCUGUACAGUACACAUGGAGAUGGGCGGUGCUCCGGACGGUCGUGCCCCAUUUGCUGUUCAUGAGCGCGCAAUCGACUGUGCUGGUUUUCUUCAUAUUCCUAUCGUCAAUAGAUCAGCGAACUCCACGUGCCCAUGCGAGUUACAGUUAUCAUUUUGUGCAGGAGUACGAUUUCCUGAAAAGAAACACUACAAGGAUUGUCAUUACAUCCAUUUUCAAACACCAUUUAUUUCAACCGAUGAUUUCCCCUACAGCGCUGAUGUUCCGAUUAGCAUUCGGUGGCCUGUGACCGAAUGGCAAUUGACGGUAACAGCGCACGACCGUUUGGGAAGCCCACUUCUGGAAGUUUCACGAUUUUUCCGCAAUAUCAGUUCUCAUUCUCCUAUCACAGAUAUGACUAUAGAAGCAAAAAAUCUUACUAUUAGUUUUUCAUUCUCAGUGGAAUGUGAAGAAAAUUUCUACGGUCCUGCUUGUACGAUCUUCUGCAAUGAAACUUUCAAAGAUCAAAAUGGAGGUUCGUUCAAGUGUUCUUUGGAAGGUAAGAAGAUCUGUGAGCCAGGUUGGAGCGGAUCGCUAUGCAAUGAACCGCGAUGUGAUCACGAUUGUGUUCACGGGACAUGUGUUGGGCCAAACACGUGUAGAUGCGACUUUGGCUGGAGAGGUGUGUCGUGUUCGGAAUGUGUACCAUUAGCCGGCUGCCAACACGGUUCCUGUCGCACAUCUCAUCAGUGCGAAUGUCAUCCGGGUUGGGGAGGUGUUUUGUGUGAUGUUGACCUCGACUAUUGCGCCCACCACCGUGAUAUCUGCAGAAAUGGUGGCGUUUGUUUAGCGGAUUCUCUCCUUUCCUAUCGGUGCAACUGCUCUGCUGGAUAUGAAGGACGAAACUGUGAGCGACUGAGCAAAGUCGACUGUUCGAUGAUAGAUUGUGGAGCUCGGAUCUGUGUAAUGGCUGCCACACCACAAUGUGAGUGUCCUCCGGGUUAUGUUGGCGAUCGGUGCGAGUAUUUUGAAAGUGACCUCAAACCUCUCAUCCGAAUCGACGUCUUGCUCAUUAGCUUAGCACUUUUCAUACUGUCUAUUUGUCUUGCAGUAGUCAGCAUUCUGGUGAGAUUUAUUUGCGAAAAACUGGAACUGAUACAACGAGGGAAUCACGCGGGUGCUCUAUAUUCCACCCAUUGGGUAGCUGCUGAGGUGCAUGUCAGAAGUGGAGGUAAAGAAUCACGAUCGUCAUCUCCACCUCCAACGUACGACACCGGCCAAGGGCAGUCUCCUUGCAUAUCGUGGCGAAGAGGCAGUACGGACCUCGUGCAGGAAGUUUCUGUCUAG